UGCCUUCUCUGCAUGCGUCUUCAGUGUCUCACAGACUUCUGGAGCACAAAUGGAGACGACGGACAAAAAGAAAUACUCUGCCUUAAUUUGGGUGGCUGUGGUUUUCAUUGGAGUGGCAAUUUCGGCGCAGGUGGUCGUAGAUCAGUACUUCUACACGUUGGCUUCAGGAAUGGAGGAAAAAUUGCAGCAGUUGAUUGAAUCUCAAGAGGUUUUGCAUAACGACGACAUGCAAAUUGAAAAAGCGAACCGAAUGCGGAGAGAAGUAGCCGAGUGCAAUUGUCUUCCUGGAUUGCCUGGAUCACCCGGCCUAAAGGGAUCGAAAGGGGAACCAGGAUUGCCCGGACUUGAAGGAGUGCCUGGAAGGCCUGGGUUUCCUGGGAUUCCUGGGAUUUCUGGACCAAAAGGAUACAUUGGCGAGCCUGGGUCCGUUGGAUCACCUGGUCCUGUUGGACCUCCUGGCCCUGUCGGACCACCUGGCCCUUAGAAAAAUGCAGCAUAUCGUGAAUGUUCAUACUUUCAUGCCUUGAGGAAUUUUUUCCAACGGAGGUGACUCCCCGGAAAUCCAGGCCGCAUGUAUGCCAAUAAGUCGCUAGCUCUGCUAGCCGUUGCUGCUGAUGUUGCUGAUGAAAGAUCUUUCUGCACCGCUUUUAGACCUGUACCGACUAUAUCCACCGAGGCGAAAAUUCACAUCCCCUACUAGCGCGAGGCUGCUACUUGCGGUGCUUUGAGGGUGAAAUUUCGCACCGACCACCUUUCGCGCCUGAUUAUGUAUCUUUGUUGGAGCUAAAAGCUUUUACAUCAAGGAGCCAGCUGUAUUUCUUGGCAUUUCAUCAAUUUAAAAACCAGUCUCUGUGGUAGCUUGAGAAAUAUUGAAGCCUAAAAAUUUAGGCUUGCCUCUAACACUUUUUAGUCCCUUAGUAGAUUAGUGUUGUUUAUAAUUAACGCUUAAAUGAGAAAAUAUCAAAAUUAUGUGCGAACAAUUGCAAAUAAAUGACUGCACAUGGACAAACGAAAACAAUAAACCGA